UAUAUAUGCGCGUGUGUGUGUAAAUGGGCGUAUAUAUAUAGACGUGUGUGCGACAUUUAAUUAGCAUACGCGUUUCACUUCAGCUCGCUCUCGCUCUCGCCCUCUGCCUCUCUCUGUGUAUCGCUGGUUCUCUGCUUGGCUUGUCUGGAAAACAAAAAAAAAAAAAAAAGAAGCAAAACAAAACAACCAAAAAUUAUCCAAAUACAACACAAAAGUUAUUUCUUGUUUUUUGGAAGAAACUCUUUCAACACAAUGCUGGAUCCCAUAUCGGACGCGCCGCUGGUGUUGGCCUAUGCGUUUAUGUCGCUGCUGGUGCUGAUCGUGUGCUUUAUUUUAUUCAAUGUGGUGCACAAGCUCUAUCGCAGCAUGGGCGCUGGUGAUGGGGGCGUGUCGAGCUGUUCGCUCAAGACAGCUAUGUUGGAGGUGGAUGUCAUGAAAACCGGUUAACAGACAGAAGCACAAACAACA